AUGGCACCCCUCGCUGGCAAACCACCUUUUGCAACUGACGAACCCGACUCGUUCUACGAGUCCUCACCGCAACCCCGCCCGCGCGUCCGUCAGCAGCCACCACAGGACCCCAACGCUCGCACCUCAGCUUACGACGUGUACAACAACUACAUCGGCGACGACAAGAACAAGCUCGCUGUUCCUAAUAAUGGUGCUGAUGCGGCUAACCGCAACUCGGGAAUUGGGAACAUGCUGCUGAACAUGGGCGAUGACUCGGAUUCGGACGACGAUGACGACGAUGUGGGCAGGAAGCCAAGCAAUCCGCCCGGCAUAAGCACGUCGGCGUCGAAGAAUGCUGCGUUGGCUGCUGCGGUCAGCACACCCACAAGGCCCAGCCCGCCGCCUGCACCUCAACCGCAGCAGCAACCACCCCAGAUGAGGCAACCACCCCCGCCGCCUCACAUGCGCGGUCCCUCGCCCCCUGCGCCACAGCCUAUAGCCGCCCCUCGGCCAGGGUACGCAGCCCCACGGUACGCAGCCCCAAUCGCGUGCGACCCCGUCGCUGCACCUGCCGGACGUGGACCACCUCCACCUCUCACCUUGCAGAACCCCUUUGAGCCGCCCCUUCCAGCUCCAGGGCGUCCAGGAUAUGCUGCCCCAGCCUCUCCGGCACCUUCUACACCACACCCACUCCUGCCGCCCGUUACGCCCAUUGUUCCGGUGUUCGUUCGCCCAGCGAAGAGCUCCGAGGCAAUCAACGUCAAGUUUGAGGAAGGUGUUGCGGUGCCCCGUAAGCCCAAGCCAAUUAUGAGGGGCAACUCCGAAGAGACGCUCCUCCCUUCGAGAGGCGAGAAGGGUGACGAUUUCUGGAGGCGGUUUAGUAUCGUCGCUAAGGAAGAGGGCAAGAUGCGCGGCAAGGAGAGCUCAUGGCUCCAAAAGACGCGCAAUGGUGCCGCCCAGCACUCGCGGUGGGUCUGGAUCGUUGGGCUCUUCCUUAUUCUCUGCAUCGCUGGCGGCAUCGGCUUUGGCGUCUACGCCUCGCGCAACGCGCCGGACCACCAACAGCCCACGGCCAUUGGUGGCUCAGCGGACAAUGCUGCCACUUUCGCCACUGCAGCGACGGCGGCGGCGAGUGGUACUGCGGCGAAGAGCUCAACAAGGCUGCAUGUGAGCCCGACGAACACGGUUGAACGACGUGAGGCUGGGCCUGAGCCAACGGGUUACACGACACCCAGGCUUAUGUAUAGGCACGAGGUGAACAUUUCCCGGAGUCAUAGCAAGAGGAGGUUGGGUGUGAAUGCGCGGUGA